CACCGUCAACACACGCUCGGUUCUCUCCGGUUGUGUCUCUCGUUCCUUUCCACUGAAAACCCGUCCACACUCCUCCGGUAAGAGAUGGCCCAGUGCUCCCAGUCCUCCCAGUCCACCGCGGCCGCUGGCCCCGCCGGAGAGCCGCAGGAGGCCAGGAAGGUGGCGCUCAUCACCGGCAUCACCGGACAGGAUGGCUCCUACCUCGCCGAGUUCCUGAUCGCAAAAGGCUACAUGGUUCACGGUAUUUUGCGUCGUUCCAGCUCCUUCAACACUGGUCGCAUUCAGCAUCUUUACAUGAACCCCUGCACACACACUUCAGACAAAAUGAAGCUGCAUUACGGCGACCUGACCGACAGCACGUGCCUGGUGAAGAUCAUCAACGAGGUGAAGCCGACAGAGAUCUACAACCUGGGCGCUCAGAGUCACGUCAAGAUCUCCUUCGACUUGGCCGAGUACACGGCCAACGUGGACGGCGUGGGCACGCUCCGCCUCCUGGACGCCAUCAAGACCUGCGGCCUGACCACCAGCGUCAAGUUCUACCAGGCCUCCACCAGCGAGCUGUACGGGAAAGUCCUGGAGAUCCCUCAGAAGGAAACCACUCCCUUCUACCCCCGCUCGCCUUACGGUGCUGCGAAGCUUUACGCCUACUGGAUCGUGGUGAACUUCCGCGAGGCCUACAACAUGUUCGCCGUCAACGGGAUCCUGUUCAACCACGAGAGCCCGAGGAGAGGUGCGAACUUUGUGACGCGUAAGAUCACCCGCUCUGUGGCGAAGAUCCACCUGGGCUUACAGGAGGUCAUCAGCCUGGGCAACCUGGACUCCAAGAGGGACUGGGGCCACGCCAUCGACUACGUGGAGGCCAUGUGGAUGAUGCUGCAGAUGGACGAGCCAGACGAUUUCGUCAUUUCAACAGGGGAGGUGCACAGUGUGAGGGAGUUUGUGGAGGCGGCCUUCAGACAUGUGGGGAAGACUAUUGUGUGGGAGGGGAAGGAUGAGAAGGAGAUCGGCCGCUGCGUGGAGACCGGGGUGGUCCACGUGAAGGUGGACCCCAUGUACUUCCGCCCCACUGAAGUGGAAUACCUACAAGGUGACAGCACCAAAGCGUUUGAGAAGUUCGGUUGGAAGCCGAAAAUCACUUUCAAGGAGCUGGUGACGGAGAUGAUGGUGUCCGACAUCGAGCUGAUGAAGAACAACCCCACAGCCUGA